GGGAGCCGGCGCCCGGAAGGUCAGCGUGUUGAAGGUGGCAGGAGCAACGCGGGGCUUCCCGCUGUUGCUUGUCGGGGGGCCACGGCCGAGCACACGUCCCCGGCCUGAGGUGGUGGUGGCGAGCCCACCGCCGUUUGCUGCGACCUCAUGGAGGGUGGCGGAGGAAGUGGCAACAAAUCCACCGGCGGGUUAGCUGGCUUCUUCGGAGCGGGAGGAGCGGGUUACUCGAACGCUGAUUUGGCCGGCGUCCCGCUGACUGGUAUGAACCCCCUGUCUCCUUAUUUAAAUGUGGAUCCACGCUACCUUGUUCAGGAUACUGAUGAAUUUAUUUUGCCAACUGGAGCUAAUAAAACCCGAGGCAGAUUUGAACUAGCUUUCUUUACCAUUGGAGGAUGUUGCAUGACAGGGGCUGCAUUCGGGGCAAUGAACGGUCUUCGUUUAGGAUUGAAGGAAACCCAGAGCAUGGCCUGGUCCAAACCAAGAAAUGUACAGAUUUUGAAUAUGGUGACUAGGCAAGGGGCACUUUGGGCUAAUACUCUAGGUUCCCUGGCUCUGCUCUAUAGUGCUUUUGGUGUUGUCAUUGAGAAAACACGGGGUGCAGAAGAUGACCUCAACACAGUAGCAGCUGGAACCAUGACCGGAAUGUUGUAUAAAUGUACAGGUGGUCUUCGAGGAAUAGCACGCGGUGGCCUGGCAGGGCUGACACUCACCAGUCUCUAUGCACUGUAUAACAACUGGGAGCACAUGAAAGGUUCCCUGCUCCAACAGUCACUCUGAAGAUUUUUGCCACCUCAGGAACGGGAGACAGACACUUCAUAGUUAUCCAGAUCAAUUAAUAAGCCAGUCUGGAGUUGCUUUCUCUCUUGUACCUACAGUUACUUUGAACAAUUGGAGACUCUGAUUUGCUUGACAAAGAUCAUGGAUGGUUAGCCUGGACUGCACUGCUUGCCCUCAGUGAGUGGAAGCCAAACCCUUGGNGGCUCACUGAGAAUAUGUUCUCUUCUCCUUUGGAGAUGAUCUUGCACCCCAAACUGGAAAACCACUUACUCUCCAAAUUCAGGCCGGCCGUACUUUUUAUUACCAUGUUAAUUCAUUUAAAAAAUCUAAAACUUAAAUGUUGCCCUGUUUUCCAAAUAAAGGGUGAAAAUAGAACCAAAGUCAUAACUCCAACAUAAAA